CGUUAAUCCGCGGCGCAUAAACUUAGUGCAUCUGGACUCUCUCUUCCUUCUGGUUCCAAAGAAUCAGUCAGCCCCGUUCAGAAAAAUAGUAAACAAAAUCAUCUUCUAACUUAACAAACCUAAACCUUAUCUUGCUAGCUAGAUUUCUCUUUCUUAUUUUUUUUUAGUUGGACAGGCUGCCAGACGCAGAGACCAGAGAAUAUGCUUAUAAGAUUUUCGAUCGUGUUAUAAAUCUGUGUAGCAAAGAAAAUCUGAAAAGCAUUAUCUGUAGCAAAGAAAACUUGCAGUAUCCCAUCACAGCCAUGGUUACCGAUCUAUCCAAGAUCCUCCCUAGGGUUCUCAUUGUCUCCAGACGAAGCGUUCGUAAGAAUAAGUUCGUCGAUUUCGUGGGUGAAUACCAUCUCGAUCUCAUAGUAGGCUAUGGGGCGGUGCCAGUCAUUGUUCCAAGAGUCACCGGAGUCCAUAUGUUAUUGGACAGCUUCGAACCAAUUCAUGGUGUUCUCCUUUGCGAAGGCGAAGACAUUGACCCAUCUCUCUACGAACCUGAAACGUCGGGGCUUUCACCAGAGGAGCUUGAAGAAAUAAAGCGAUUGCAUGCAAGUGAUACGGCCAUUGAUCGAGAGAAGGAUUCUAUCGAACUACGGCUCGCAAAACUUUGUCUUGAGAGGAAUAUACCCUACAUGGGGAUCUGUAGGGGAUCACAAGUCCUUAACGUCGCAUGUGGGGGUACCCUUUAUCAAGACAUAGGGAAAGAGCUCUCAAAGAAAUGCCAAGAGGGUCAGAGUGUGGCUCACAUCGAUUACGAUAACUACGACGGGCAUCGGCAUGCCGCGAAGGUGGUGGAGAACACCCCCUUGCAUGACUGGUUCAAGGAUUCCCUGGACGAGGGGAAGAUGGAGAUUUAUGUCAAUAGCUAUCAUCAUCAAGGUGUCAAGAGAUUGGCACAACGAUUUGUUCCAAUGGCUUUCGCUCCUGAUGGUCUGGUUGAAGGAUUCUAUGAUCCUGAUGCGUAUAAUCCUGAAGAGGGUAAGUUCAUAAUGGGCCUCCAAUUUCAUCCAGAACGAAUGAGAAGAUCAGACUCGGAUGAUUUCGAUUAUCCAGGUUGCCCAUCUGCCUAUCAGGAAUUUGUGAAGGCGGUCAUCGCAUAUCAGAAGAAGCUGAAUAACGCAGCCAGUGUGCCUAAUGCUCUAAAGCUCGAUCUAGAAAUGGAGAAGAAGAGAAAGAUUAUUGUCCGAAGCUUUUCCAUUGCGAGAGACAUGUAUGAUGCUAGACGGGAGACAUCCCCAUCAGGAGAAUCUGAUCUUGAAGCUGGAGCCGAGUUCCUGGAGUCGAACAAAGCUUUGAGUUUACAACAGGAGAAGAGACUGAAACAAAUGGGAGCAACAGUUAGGAAUGCCUCUUCGUAUAUGGAGAGGUUGAAGAUGAAUGAAGAGAGGGAGAGGGUAGCAAGGAAUGUAAUGGCGAAGAUGUCAGUGGACCAGUUGUCUGAUCUGAUGUCCUUCUACCGCAUGAUGGGUCAGAUUUGCUCGGAGGUGUUAGAGAGGAAGCUUCAUGACCUUGUCAAUGAAGUUGGCCACUGAGUUUCUCGUCUGCGGCAGGAUUCCUUAAGAAGGAUGCACUUGGAUCUCAGGCCUCUCACAUGGAACUGGCGUUGCCUCCCCUUCUAAUUUGUGUAUAUUUUAUUUUUUUUGUCUCUUCUUUUUCACGUCUUCUGUCUUGAUUGAUUCCUCAUUAAGGUUGUAUUAUCAAAACAAAAUAUGAAUUUCCUGCAUUUUUAACCUUUAUGGCAA